AUGCGUAUCGUUUUCACUGGUGGUUCCGGCAAAGCAGGCAAACAUGCUAUUCCCUAUCUUCUCAGUCAAGGACAUCAAGUCCUCAACCUAGAUCUCGUCCCUCUCGAUAAUCCAGAUGUCUACACGCUCAAGACCGACCUCACAGACUCUGGACAAGUAUUCAACGCUUUCACCUCUCAUUUCAACAUGUCCGAAUAUUCACUUCCCCACCCUCCACCUAUCCCAGACGCUGUCGUCCACUUCGCAGCAUAUGCUCGUAACUUGUUAGUGCCCGAUAACGAGAUGUUCGCUUCGAAUGUGAAACAGACUUACAACGUCAUCGAGGCAGCAUGUAAAUUGGGUAUCAAGAAAGUUAUUAUAGCUAGUUCGGAGACGGUUUAUGGGGUAUGUUUCACUCAGGGUGAAUCAGAUUAUCAUUCGUUCCCAUUAGAAGAAGAUACCUACGAUUGCGAUCCCGAGGAUUCCUAUGCGACAAGUAAAUUAUGUGGAGAGAGGAUAGCGAGAAGUUUUGCCAGAAGAUUCAAGGGAACGGACAUCUACGCAUUUAGAAUCGGCAAUGUCAUUGAACCCCACGAAUACGCACUGAACUUCCCCAAAUAUCUCGCCGACCCACCUUGUAGAAAGAGAAAUGCUUGGAGUUAUAUCGAUGCGAGGGAUCUAGGUAAAUUGUGUCAUUGCGCUUUCAUGAAGAACGGUCUGGGCUUUCAAGUCUUCAAUGCCACGAAUAAUACGAUCACCUUGAGGGAGAAGACCAAAGAUUUUCUGGAGAGGGAACGUCCGAAUGUCAAGAUCACACGAGAACUGGAAGACUACGAGGCACCAUUGACCAAUAUGAAGGCUAGGAAGCUGUUAGGUUUUGAGGAGGAGCAUAACUGGAGGGAUUACGUGAAAGAGAAGUAA